GAUUCUAUGAUUUUCCGUAGCCGGCUGCAAAUGCACAACUGCAAAUGCGGCGACAACUGCAAGUGCGCGACAAGUGCAACUGUGGUGACAAUUGCAACUGUGGUGACAAUUGCAACUGUGGUGACACGUGCGCUUGCAACAAGGGCUGCAAAUGCAAAGACUGCAAAUGCGACCCUUGCACCUGUGGAACCAAGUGUAAUGCACAGUGGAAGUGUCCCAACUGCAAGUGUGGCGAUAAAUGCAGCUGUGGAGAUGGCUGCGAGUGCAGUGGAGGUAAAUGCAAGUGUAAUCCUUGUAAAUGCAAUCCGUGCAGCUGCGGCAACACAUCGUGUUGCAAGUAAAUGAAAGUCUUCACGACAUAAAGGUAGUGCCAGCAUGCCAACGAUUACGACCAAGAGAUGGCGACACGUGCGCGCACAGAGGCUGCUUAAUGGGAUUCUUGUAUUCUUGUAUUCUUGUAUUCCUGUAUUCUUAUAUUCUUGUAUUCUUGUAACGUCAUUACCUAGGCCGUCUAGGCCUACUCGUCGGUUUUGUUUCUAAUAUUAAUUAUAAUUAUUUACAUAUUGAUUUUGUUAUUUAUACGUCCAGUUAGACGCAAUACCCUUAUUUGACGAAAAUAUGCUUAAACUUUACAUGUAGUGGAUGUUUAUAAAAAUGACUGUCGACUCUCAGACACCCACUAUUUCAAUAAAAACCCUUUUCUAUGAAA